AUGUCAAGCAAACCCGGCUCGGGCGCCACCUCCACUAACCCAGCAAAGGAGAAGCCAUCGGAGCCCGACAUUUUACAAGAAUUGGAGGGACACAUCUCUCCUGAUCCACUCCGCGAGAAGGGCGCCUGGAAUCCCCGCACCAAAUCUCAGGCGUCUAGCAAGGGUGAUGCCCCCUCGACCGCUACGCCGCUCAGCUCUUAG